CUUAUCGCCGGAUUCGUGACGUCUCAGGAGACAAAGGACCGGUUUAUUUACCCCAAGACCUGCGGAAUUUCCCCUUUCUGCGUGUCGCAACGGCCUCUGUCUUGAUUCCCGACCACAGCGUCAUCCGCUUAUCUUUCACCGCACCUCUUAUCUCACCUGGUGACUCUUCACCGCAACUCCAAAGAUGAAGUUUCUUCCUUUGCCCGAACUCGAGGAUGUGACGAGUUCGCUCAAUUUCGACACUGCCGAUUGUCAUAUUAUGGGCGGGUGCGAUCUUUACACCACCAAGGCUGCUCGAGCCGAUCGGAAGUUGUACAAGAAUAUCGAACAAUCCCUAGAGGCACAAUAUGAAUCGGUUCUUCGCUUGUCGGCUUCCCUGUCACCUCCCAACGCCUCGGACGCGGCUGCGUCGCUCAACUUGUCUCGUUCCAGUCCCUUUGGUCCUAUGAGUGAUCAUUCGAGUCGACGGACCUUUGCCUACCUGAUCGCGACAUUGAAUGCUAGCCAUCCGGACUAUGACUUCUCACAUGUUUUGCGCCCGUCCGACUUCCACCGUGAACGGAACCUGAAGCGGGUCAUGAACACGAUCGAUUCGACGCUUUUCAACCUUCGGCCGCGCGAAGCAAUCGAUCUGACGCCUCCAUCACCCGUGACGAUCUCGGGUUCAUAUAAUGCGGGCGCGUCUUCUACGUGGGGGCCGAGAAUGUGGAGAGUUAUCGAUGAACAUAUGUCUCUUAAGGAAUGUUCACUUUAUUCCUACUCGCCAGACGAAGACCCGUCUGAUGCGGAUGAUGGAGCGAUAUGGAGCCUCCAUUACUUUUUCUUUAACCGGCUGCGGAAACGCGUCUGCUACCUCUAUCUCCGAGCGAUCCCCAUUCUCAGCCAUACGCCAAGCGAGGGAGUUGCCACGCCGACGACAAAGAGAACGUUUGACGACGGAUAUCUGACACCCGAACUCAGCUCGAGCAAGCGGGCUCGCUACUGGCUGGGUGAUGGUAUUGAGCUGGAGAGUGAAAGUGACGAGGAAGCCAAUGGGACAAAACCCAUGCGUCCAGUCGUGGACGAAUACGACAAUUACCUGCUGAGCGACGAGGAAUUCCGGUCCCGAUCGGGCAGCAAAGGCACCGUUCGGGCGAUGAGCGAGGAAAUCGCCGACUCGAUGGAGGUCUGAUACUCCGCUUUCUGUUGACUUUCAACCCAACGGCCCUUCUCGCCUGCGUUCGAUUGGCUUUUUCUCCGCGUUCUCGUUUGGGUCGACGGCUUUCGUGUGGCGUAAUCGUUUUGUCUACUGCAUUCAACCUGCAUUUGCACCGGCUAGGGGCGUUAUAAUCGGCCAAGGAAGGGAGAAAGCCCCUAAUUGUAAUUGAACGGCUGUUGCUAUAAUGAUGAUGAUGACGAUGAAGUGCUGCGUCACGGCUCCGAUGCAGCGCUCAGGGCAGGUUCCACGGCGGUGUUGUCAUUGUUUGUUCUGUUCCUUCCUGUACUUAUUACAAAUUGAUUGACAUAAUUCCUUCCUUCCAAGCAUUUACUCCUGAG